AACGAGUCUUAGCUGACACCUGGUUAUAAACACAGGAAGGAUUCCAAAGGCUAAUCAGAAAUCAGCAGAAAAAAAUCAACGGACACAUCUGUAAUAGACGAGACCCAGGCGAAAUGACUUCAAGUGAAAUUGAGCUCCCAGGUGAAGUGAAGACUGACGCCGCUGCGCUCAUGGCAUCGCUCCAUUUGAUGCCCUCGCCGGUCCCCAACCCGGAGAUUAAAUACACCAAGAUCUUCAUUAACAAUGAGUGGCAGAACUCUGUGAGUGGAAAGACCAUCCCAGUUUACAAUCCUUCCAAUGGGGAGAAGCUCUGUGAAGUUCAGGAAGCUGAUAAGGCGGACGUGGACAAGGCGGUCCAAGCGGCUCGCCUGGCGUUCUCCCUGGGCUCGGUGUGGCGGAGGAUGGACGCCUCAGAGCGUGGGAGGCUGCUGUUCAAACUGGCCGACCUGGUGGAGAGGGACCGCGCCUACCUCUCCACGCUGGAAUGCCUGGACAGUGGGAAACCUUUCCUUACGACCUUCUACGUGGACCUGCAGGGAACUAUAAAGACGCUCAGAUACUUCGCCGGAUGGGCCGAUAAGAUCCAUGGAUUAACCAUUCCGAUGGAUGGAGAUUAUUUAACAUUCACCAGGAACGAGCCCAUUGGCGUGUGUGGACAGAUCGUCCCGUGGAACUUCCCCCUGAUGAUGACAGCAUGGAAGCUGGCUCCUGCUCUAUGCUGUGGGAACACCGUGGUCAUCAAACCGGCUGAGCAGACCCCCCUCACCUGCCUCUACAUGGGGGCCCUCAUCCAAGAGGCUGGGUUUCCACCGGGAGUUGUCAAUAUUUUGCCAGGAUUCGGGCCAACGGCAGGAGCGGCCAUAGCUUCACACAUGGGCAUAGACAAAGUGGCUUUCACAGGAUCAACUGAGGUUGGGAAGCUGAUCCAAGAAGCAGCUGGAAGGAGUAAUCUGAAGAGAGUGACGCUGGAACUGGGAGGGAAGAAUCCCAACAUCAUUUUUGCAGAUGCAGAUUUGAACCUGGCCGUGGAGCAGGCGCAUCAGGGCGUCUUCUUCAACAGCGGCCAGUGCUGCACCGCGGGCUCCCGGAUCUACGUGGAAGAGCCCGUCUACGAGGAGUUUGUGCGCAGGAGCGUGGAGCGGGCCAAGCGAAGGGUCCUGGGGAGCCCGUUUGACCCCACCACUGAGCAGGGUCCACAGAUCAGUCAGGAGCAGCAGAGCCGUGUUCUGGAGUACAUCCAGAGCGGGAUCAGCGAGGGGGCCAGGCUGGAGUGCGGCGGCAAAGCCCUGGGGCUCAAGGGCUUCUUCAUCGAGCCCACCGUCUUCUCAAACGUCAGCGACGACAUGCGCAUCGCCAAGGAAGAGAUUUUUGGCCCUGUGCAGCAGAUCAUGAAGUUCAAAACUAUAGAGGAAGUGAUCGAAAGGGCCAACAACACAGAGUACGGGCUGACCGCUGGUGUGUUCACCAAUGACAUCAACAAAGCCUUGACCAUGUCAUCCGCCCUACAGGCCGGCACUGUUUGGAUAAACUGUUUCAAUGCUCUGAGCUGCCAGUGUCCUUUUGGAGGAUUCAAAAUGUCUGGAAACGGCCGAGAAUUGGGCGAGUACGGACUGAGAGAAUACUCUGAGAUGAAGACAGUCACGAUGAAGCUGCAGGAGAAGAACUCCUAAGAAGUGCAGUGCCAUAGGGGGGCUCUUCCUGCGGAGUGCACCACUAACCGUCCAUCUCCACUAACUGUACUAAAGCACUCGGAGAGGAGGUCUACUGACCAGUUCCCCCCCGCAGUGGAAACACGAGACACACGCACUCACACUCACACACACACACACGCUCACACACACACACACACACUCACACACACACACACACAUGCACGCACACACACGUACACAAACACACACAUAUGCACAAACACACACACACACACAGACACACUGCUGCCGUACCUUUGGCCACUGCCUCGCCCCCUGCUGUUAACUUAUUGAAAUGCGCAGAGAGGGAGUACAGCUGUGGAGAUUUUUGUAAGCAAUGCCCAUCAUCUGAAACCCCCAGGUGUCAUUGCCUUAAUUCUUCAGCCAAUCAUCCUUUGUUUUAGUUCCCAACUAAAACUACUGAAACUGCUCAUCUAAUUAAAAAAAAAACAUUAACAGGAAAAAUAAUUAAAUGCUAUGUUUUAAUGUUUGUUUUAAUUGCUUGUGAUU